CGAUAUAAUACGCAUCACCCGUGGCCAUUUGAUGCGGAUUUGCUAGGGCUUUGAAUUUUUUUUUUCCGCUCGAUCGAGUUCGCUUCGAAUUCGUAUAAUUAAGCUAAUAUAAGCUAAUUAAGCUCGGGGAUGAAGCUGUUCGCCUUCGUGAGGCGCUGCCGGCGGCUGUCGUCGGCGCCGGUGGAUCAGGCGGCGGAGGAGGAGCCGGCGGCGGUGGCGCCGCCCGCGGAGAAGCGGCGGAGGAGGCCGUCGGGGCCGGCGUGGAAGCCGACGCUCGGGGCGAUCUCCGAGGACGCCGCGGUGGCGUCGUCCGCCGCCGCGAAGGCGAAGCCGGCGGCGAGGACGAAGGCGAAGGCGAAGGGGAAGGCGGCGGCGCCGCCGCCGCCGCGGCGCGUGGUCCGGUCGGAGUACGACGACUUCCGGCACUACGGGGCACCCACGGUGUUGCCGGCGUUCGCGCCGACGGCGUUCUUGUUCUGAGCUCAACUCCGGUGGACACAAGUCCUGUAGCUGAUGGGGCGCUGUGUGCUCGUAGUGUGUGUGUGUGUGGUUUCACUGGCUUGACCAUGACGCCUCUCUAGUGUGUGUGGUGCUCGCUGGCUUGACCAUGACGGCUCAGCUUUUGUGCGCAAAGAUCUGAACGAACUCGCAAAGCUGAUUCUGUAAAUUUUCCGGAUGCUUCUGAUGAUGUGCAUAUAAAUCUGCUGCUGCUGCUGCUGCUGCUGCCCGAUCCCCCCCA